CUGGCUGGCUUAUAUAUACGGCUCCCUGCAUCUCCUCCCCUCCUCAGAAGCACCACCACAGCAUCUACCUACCUACGUGUGCGCCAGCUGCUAGCUUGGUGCUUGCGUAGUGUUCAGCGAGCAAGAGAUCAAUGGACGCGCCUCGGCAGCAGCAGGAGGAGGAGCGCAAGGCCAUGGGCAAGGAGAAGACGAAGGCGGUGAAGGCCGUCUCCGAGGAGGCUGAGUCGUCGUCCUCGGAUGCCGGCGACGACGGCGAGGAGGCGGCGGGCGCCGUCCACAACCACCGCGGAUGGAAGGCCAUGCCGUACGUCAUAGGUAACGAGACGUUCGAGAAGCUCGGGACGAUCGGCACGCUGUCGAACAUGUUGGUGUACCUGACGACGGUGUACCACAUGCCAAGCGUCAACGCCGCCACCCUCCUCAACGUCUUCUCCGGCACCAGCAACCUCGCCACCGUCUUCGGCGCCUACGUCAGCGACACCUACCUCGGCCGCUACACCACCAUCGCCGCCGCCACCAUGUCCUCCUUCAUCGGCAUGCUCAUCCUCACGCUCACGGCCGCUAUCCACACCCUCCAUCCUCCGGCGUGCAACGCGUCCAAGGGGCAACAAUGUGAGGGUCCCACUGGCUCCCAGCUCGCCGCCAUCCUGGUGUCCUUCUUCUUCCUGGUCGUCGGUGCUGGAGGCAUCCGGCCCUGCAACCUCGCCUUCGGGGCCGACCAGUUCAACCCACGCACAGCCGAUGGUCGCCGCGGCAUCGCCAGCUUCUUCAACUGGUACUACUUCACCUUCACAGUCGCCAUGAUGCUCUCGGCAACUGUCAUCAUCUACCUCCAGAGCAACGUUAAUUGGGCGCUAGGGCUCGCCGUGCCCGCCGCGCUCAUGGGCCUCUCAUGCGCCGUCUUCUUCAUGGGCACACGCCUCUAUGUCCGUGUACGCCCCGAGGGCAGCCCCUUCACAAGCUUCGCCCAAGUCCUCGUCGCCGCCGCCCGCAAGCGUCAUCUUCGUCGAGCUCGCGGCGAUGCCGAGCUGUUUGACCCACCACACCAGAGUAAGCUCGUCUCCAAGCUGGCAUACACCGACCAGUUCGCGUGCCUCGAUAAAGCGGCCGUGCGGACCCCCGAUGACGCGUUGUGCAUCGACGGGAAGACACCGGCAGACCCAUGGCGGUUGUGCACGCUGCAACAGGUGGAGGAGGUGAAGUGCCUAGCGCGCAUCAUUCCUGUGUGGUCGUCGGGGAUCGUCUACUUCAUCGUGCUCACCCAGCUGGGUACCUACGUCGUGCUCCAGGCUGCGCAGAUGGACCGUCGAAUCAGCAAGUCCAGCAGCUUCCAGAUCCCGCAAGGCUCCUUCGUCGUCUUCCAGAUGCUCGCCCUCACGAUGUGGAUCCCUGUCUACGACCGAUUUGUUGUGCCGGCCCUCCGCCGCUUCACGAAGCGCGAGGGCGGCAUCACCCUGCUCCAGCGGAUCGGUGUCGGGUUGGCGUUGUCCGUGGCGACAAUGGUGGUGUCGGCGGCCGUGGAGCAGCGACGACGAAGGAUCGGCUCGUCGAUGUCAUGCUUCUGGCUGGUGCCGCAGCAGCUGUUGGCGGGCUUGUCAGAGGCGUUCGGCGCCAUCGGGCAGAUUGAAUUCUACUACCGGCAGUUCCCGGAGAACAUGCGGAGCGUGGCGGGGGCGCUCUACUUCCUGGGGUUCGCCAUGGCGAGCUACGCAAGCGGGCUGAUGGUGAUGGUGGUGCACCGGGCGACGCGCGGGCGGGACGGUCAGCCUGACUGGCUGGCGCAGGACCUGGACGAGGGUAGGGUGGACCUAUUCUACCUGGUGACCGCCGCCAUCACCGCCGUGAACCUCGUCUACUUUGUGAUCUGCGCACGGUGGUACAGGUUCAAGAAGUCCGACGAUGCCGGCGCCGGAGAUGUGGAGCUCGACGACGACAGCCCGAAGAAGGCUGGCGCUGGUUUAGCUUAGUUAUUAUUAUUAUUCCCUCCUUUUGGGGCUUCAUAUACUCCGAUGCAUGCAUAGAAUGGUAGAGUCUAAUGGAUAUAUGUGCAUAUAUAGCUCAUCGAUCGAUCCCGGGGAAUCUAUGUAAUAGGGAUUUGGAAUCGAUCAAAACAGAAGAGGGGAGAUUGAAUAGCAGCAAAACAUAGCACU